GGAGGUGUGUGUGUGUGUGUGUGUGUGUGAGUGUGUGUGGUGUUUGAACAGCGAUUAAAGGAUAUUCACUCAGUGAGGAGUAAGAGAGAUGAAAGAAGACAUGGCAGACAAAGAGCAGGGAAAAGUGAAGAAGUCCAAAGAGAAGACGGAGUGCUGUGGCUAUCCUCUCAGCAUCUUCUUCAUCGUCGUGAACGAGUUCUGUGAGAGGUUUUCCUACUAUGGCAUGCGAGCCGUGUUGGUGCUGUAUUUCCGUUAUUUCCUGCGCUGGGAUGAUGACUUCGCCACCACUAUCUACCACACCUUUGUUGCCCUGUGUUACCUCACACCCAUACUGGGAGCCAUCAUAGCCGACUCCUGGCUGGGAAAGUUUAAGACCAUUGUGUAUCUCUCCAUUGUCUACACUGUUGGUCAAGCCGUGAUGGCCGUAAGCGCCAUCCAUGACAUCACCGACUCCAACCAGGAUGGGAAUCCCGACAACAUGACCUUGCACGUCGCUUUGUCCAUGGUGGGUCUGCUUCUCAUCGCUCUGGGGACUGGAGGCAUCAAGCCCUGCGUGGCUGCCUUCGGAGGGGAUCAGUUCGAGGACCAUCAGGAGAAACAGAGAAGCACCUUCUUCUCCAUCUUCUACCUGUCCAUCAACGCUGGCAGUCUGCUCUCCACCGUCAUCACACCCAUCCUCAGAGCUCAGGAGUGUGGCAUCAACACGCAGCAGAAGUGUUACCCUCUGGCGUUUGGGGUUCCUGCGGCUCUCAUGGCCGUCGCUCUGGUGGUGUUCAUUUUGGGCAGCAGCAUGUACGUCAAAGCCGCACCCAAAGGCAACAUAAUGAUGCAGGUGUGCAAGUGCAUUGCGUUUGCUAACAAGAAUCGCUUCAAACACCGCGGGACCCGCUUCCCCAAGAGAGAGCACUGGAUGGACUGGGCUGAGGAAAGAUACGACAAACUGCUGAUCGCUCAGGUGAAGAUGGUGCUGAAGGUUCUCUUCCUCUACAUUCCACUGCCCAUGUUCUGGGCACUGUUCGACCAGCAGGGAUCUCGUUGGACUCUGCAGGCCACCACCAUGAACGGAAACUUCGGUUUCUUCACUGUGCAGCCGGAUCAGAUGCAGACGGUGAACCCCAUCCUGAUCCUGGUGAUGGUCCCCAUUGUGGACAACGUCGUCUAUCCUCUCAUAAAGAAAUGUGGUCUGAAUUUCACGCCUCUGAAGAGGAUGACCGUGGGGAUGUUGUUGGCGGCGUUAGCGUUUGUGGCUGCGGCUCUGGUUCAGGUGCAGAUAGAUCAAACCGUUCCUGUUUUCCCCUCGGCAUCUGAGGCUCAGGUGAAGUUCUUAAACUUGGACAGCAGCGUAUUGAAUAUAUCUGUGAACGGAAAUCCACAUGAAAUUCAGCCUUUUCAGUCUUAUGGCUACGUGACCCUGAACACAGACACCAUGGACCUGUUAGUCGCAAACAAAAGUCAUCCUUCUGUUCCUCUGCUGAAAGGAGAUCGUCAAACUCUGCUCCUCACAUCUGCCGGAAUUCAGGCAGAGCGUGAUGAUUUAAACACCAAACCAGAACAAGGCAACAACGAUAUCAGAUUUGUGAACGGCUACGGCGGGGUGCUGAGCAUGAAGUCGGGGUCUAAAGAAAUGGGAUCCGUCGGUCUGUUCGAGUUCUCCAACUACACGCUGUUGCCCCAGGGCGAAGCCAAAUUUAUCAUAUCAGGCGACACAGGAGAGAUGUGCAAGUUUUCCAUGGAUCUGGGAUUCGGAAGCUCCUACACACUCCUCAUACCAAGCAACUUUAACUCCGGACCUGAGUGUGCCAAGACCAUCCAGCAGGUAGAAGACAUCAAGCCCAACACCAUGCACAUGGCCUGGCAGAUCCCUCAGUACUUCCUGAUGACAUGUGGAGAGGUGGUGUUCUCAGUCACGGGUCUGGAGUUCUCCUACUCACAGGCGCCUAAGAACAUGAAGUCGGUCCUUCAAGCCGGCUGGCUGUUGACCACCGCCAUGGGGAACAUCAUCGUCCUGAUUGUAGCCGAAGCCGGACAACUUCCUGACCAGUGGGCUGAAUACGUGCUGUUUGCCGGACUCUUGAUAUGCGUGUGCAUCAUCUUCUCCAUCAUGGCUCACUACUACACCUACAUCGACCCGGCCGAGAUCGAGGCCCAGUUUUCCGAGUACGACCCCGACGACAAGAAGAAGAACGAGAUGAAUAUGGACGCUGCACUCGAGGAAAAACAGACCAAGAUCUGAGCAUCACACACAAACACACAUUGAUAAUGUUUCGGAAUUUAAAAGGAAUAAAUCCCGGACUUUCGAAUUCCCUGAUGAGUCGGGAGGAUAGUUUUAGGUUUAAGCGACGGCUUUAAGAGCAGCCAGAGGAAGUACGUGAGGAUUUGUUGGAAAACUGGCGAGUGACCACGUACAAACCAGGCGAUUUGCUCCAAUUUCCAAAGAAACAGUCGACACACACACACACGGGUCUUCCAUCUAAAUUCAAGAAUCCUGAAGUAAUUCAAAAUUCUAAAUUAUUUCCACAAACACAAUCCUUUUUUUUCUUUUUUUUUUUUAAGAUGCAUGUUUGGGAGUAAAAUUUAUAUAAAAAAAGAAAAGGGACCUAAUUUAAUGUUUGUAUUUAACGUA